AUGUCAGAAAAAACUUUAUUGAAGAAGAAAGAAAUUAGAAAGCCACAAAUCUGGUCUCUAUUAUUCUACGUUGUCCUAUCGUUAUCGUUAAUUGCUGGCGUAGAGUACUUCAAAUACGGCACAAGAAUAAACUAUGAAUGGUUCCAUUGUACACCAAUGAAGGAACAAAUUGGUGGUCCAUCAUCCUCUGUUCUAAAGAUGUGGGCUGUUGGUGGUCCAUCUUGUGAUAAAAGAGGCGAAUUCAAGACUCUGGUCAAGAGAAUUACAAGAGAUUACGAGCCAAAUGAGGAGUCAUUGUCUUACUGCUUCAUCGAAAACAAAGACAUCAAUCCAAUUCAUUAUCCUGUUGAGGAUGGAAACAAAGGAGUCCCAGGUUAUGUUGCAUAUGUUGGUUACGAUACUGAUGCUGACUUGGUUGCACAAAUGUGUGAAGGUUCUCAGAUCUUUCAUGUUUAG